GCUGCGCGACGGACUUGUUGGUGGUUCACAUGAGAGCGAAAAAUCUGCAGUGAUCCGGCUUGGCUCGUCCCUCGUUUCCCAUAGACCAUAUCAAUCGAAAUAGAUUCCUACUGAAGAUUUCAUGCACAUCCUCAACUGUAACCCACCCUUUCUGUGGAGUGUUUGCGUAUUUCUUUGAACCGGAAGACCUUAAAGAAAUCAAAGUUCGCAAAGAGGUGACACUUGACUUCAUUGAAUGAGGUUUAACACCAAUUAGCAUUUGUUUUGGUUCGAUACCCACAGAAAAUUAAACACGCCCAACAUUCAGUCGGACGCAGCUGGACACAUAUUCAUAUAAAUCUGCAGGCUAACGGUGACGAGCUGGCGCAGGUUGUGGGUUGUCCGUGGAGAAUGCGAGACAGCGGCGGGAGCCUGGCCCAGAACCGCUGGCAGGGAGACCUGGGUCUGACCGCUGUGGGGCAGGACGACACCGGAGGAGGUGGGAUUCCUGGAGACCACCUCAUAGUCCCUGUGUCAGGCAACAGUGUGCCCAGCCCCAUGCACCUCCGACUGGGGCAGAAAGAGAAGGCGUGGACAGGCGAAUAUGUGGAGGACGAUGAAGAGGAGGAGGAGGAGGAUGGGGUGGUGGGUAGGGUUAAGGAAAUGGGCGAUGACAAAGAAAACAAUCUGGAUGGUGAGGACGAGGUAGAGUUUGAAGGCAAGGAUUGGGGUAACAAUGACGAGGACGAUGAGGAGGGGGAGGAUGAAGAAGAGGAAGACGAGGAGGAGGAGGACGAGGAGCAGGAAGAUGGAGACCAGGCGGAGCUGGAGUGGGAGAUCCCAGACUUUCCCACCCAGUCCGCGCAGCACCAACAUCACGGACCACCGCAGGAGGCAGACGAAGGCGAUGCUGUCCCGCAGGACGUCGUAUCUGAGGCCGCAGCGCGGGACCUGCUGAGGUCCCACCUGAGCCGGUCCCGGGCCAUGCAAAGGCUCCGGCGCUGGCGGCGCCUGCGCUCCCACGGAGGCCUCGGCUUUCGGCUCACCAAGCACUGGAAGAGCUGGCGCCAGCGGGCGCAGUGGGUGUGCUCCCAGGGGUACCGGUACAGCCGCAGGGCACAGCGCUCCCAUCACUACGGCAAGCAGCGGAGGAUAAAAAGGUUUCUGCAAUCCCCGUAUAGUGAAGAGGAGGAGGAGGAGGACAGCAACGACGGGAGGUUCACAGAGUCUGAGAGAGAUGAGCUGAUGAAUGGCUGCUCUCCAGACAAGCAAGAGGACAGAGGGAGGCGGGACAUGGAGGUCAAACCUGUGGAGCUGGCCCUUACCGAGGAACACAUGAGCUGUGUGACAGGUAUCCUUGAGGAGUCCCUAAAGCAAUACGGCAGUUUGAUCCCCAUCCACGUGGAUGACAUUGUGGAGAAGCUUCAGGACAUCUUCAGCGAGAGCUUCUUCCAGCCGCACAGGAAAGCAGUGGUCCAACACCUUAUACAAUCCUUCCAGCGCUCGUCCGGAUCCGCCCUGGCCAAAACAUUCAGAGUGAAUUACAAGCGCCACGUGCUGACCAUGGACGACCUGGGCACUCUGUAUGGACAGAACUGGCUCAACGACCAGAUUAUGAACAUGUAUGGUGACCUGGUCAUGGACUCUGUGCCCGAGAAGGUUCACUUUUUCAACAGCUUCUUUUACGAUAAGCUGAGGACAAAAGGCUAUGACGGGGUCAAACGGUGGACAAAAAAUGUUGACAUCUUCCAGAAGGAUCUGCUGUUGAUCCCCAUCCACUUGGAGGUCCACUGGUCCCUGGUCAGCGUGGACAUUCCACGUCGGGCCAUCACUUACUUUGACUCUCAGCGGACCCUCAACCGACGUUGCCCAAAGCACAUUUUUAAGUAUCUGCAAGCAGAGGCCAUCAAAAAAGACCAACAAGACUUUUUGACGGGAUGGAAGGGCUUUUUCAAAAUGAAUGUGGGUCGUCAGAACAACGACAGUGAUUGCGGGGCUUUUGUGCUACAGUACUGCAAGUGUCUGGCACUAGGUCAGCCCUUCAUCUUUGGCCAGCAGGAUAUGCCGCGGUUGAGGAGGCAAAUGUACAAAGAACUCUGUCACUGCAAGCUCAGCCUGUGACCCAGCCCCACCCGACCCCACCCCCCAUCUCCACCUGCUCCCACCUCAAACCCUAACAGGAUGGAGAGGAAAGUUGAUAUGACAGGAGGAGGACAAGUGGAGGAAACUCUUGACUGGGAGAAGAAAAAAAGAGGGAAUGAGAAACUUCAUUGAAAAAGUUUUUUUUUUUUUUUUAUUGCCAACAACCAGAGAAGUUACUUCUUCUACUGUACGUGAUGUCAUUUUUUCACUUUUUUUCCCUCUCUCCACCCUUUUUUGAGAACUCAUGAUUUAAUUUCCAUGUCAUGGUUAUUCCUUUGUGGUUGACAGAGGCCAAGACUAGCUUCCUUUUUGGGAACAUGCUUAUUGUCCAUCCUAUCUUACACCACUUUGAGCAUGAAGACGUCUGAAGGAUACGGUCCAGAUGAAGAGUUUGGACCACAGUCGGUCCAACCUGACUACUAUUUUUCAUGGCGGAAUAAUUUGAACCAGUCGACGUAAGCUUGUGGUGAAAUAGUACCAGCGGAUGUCCACGCCUUCCAUCAGUGUGUUGUGUUGAAACUUUCAGCAAGAGCAACAUAAGCUACACUUCCCUAUGCUACAGCCGAGGUCAUGUCGAUGAGUCCAUCUAUCGAGUCAGCACAUGUUUGCCAACGUAUAUUUGUUUAAUCAUUUCCUACAAGAUGUUAGAACGUGGGUAUGGUGAGAGUGGAAAGUGCUGCCAUGUGGACAUCAGAAGACAACUCCGAAGUGUGAAGAGCCAUUCUACUGCAUUUUCCCGUAUAUUAUGUUACUGUGGGGGGGAACGAUUUCCAUCCAUGGAACAAGCAUCAAAUUGGCCUCUUGCCCCGGAAACCACCUCUGCCUCAGUCACUCGUCCCCAAAAACCCUCCUUCAUGUGGGAGACUGGAUCAGCAUUGGCCCAGACAAGCCAGAGUGACACAAUGGCCCAAAAAAGGGGCCUUUACAUUGCAUUUACCUUUUUUUUCCUGUUUUAUCUCAUUGGUAAACGUGUUGAUAUGCUUAUGCUUCAAACAAAAGAUGUUAAAAGGAGGACUAAUUUGCGUCAUUUUUCAGAGGUGGGGUGAACAGAUCCUCUGGUUGGUAUUUCUUUGGAAGUUUGGGGGCCAUUUUGGCGAGGACCACAACAGAGGGAGUACGUUCAUUACGGAGUUACAGCACCCUCCUCUUUUUUUAUAACAAAAAACGUUGAUAGCUGUGUUUAUUUCUUUUUUUUUUUUUUCAAAAAGGAGUUGAUGCAACAGAGUUGACAGUUUUAUAUAUCUUCUACAAUGCAUUAUGGUUGCUGAAAAUAAAAAUAUGCGACAAACAAGG